AUGGCUGCCACCACGGUCCUCAAGGUUGGGUUUGUUCCUGAACAUUUUUCCACCCCACUUCAAUUUGCCCAAAUUUACCAAAUGUAUGAAAAACAUGGGGUCAAGGUCGAAUUGAUCCCGUACCUUGCGGGCUCGGGACAUCUUAUUCAAUCUUUAGGAGAUGGAUCAAUUGACAUUGCCGUAGGGCUUACCGAGGCUUUCAUCCGAGGCAUUGCCAAUGGAGAAGAAAGUUAUCGUUUGGUAGGGACCUACGUUGAUUCGCCACUUCGUUGGGCCGUGAGCUCGGGAGCUUCGAGAAGUGAUAUUAUCAAAGUCAGUGAUCUUCAGAAUAAGCGGAUCGGGGUGAGUCGUAUUGGAUCAGGGUCGUACGUGAUGAGUUUUGUUUUGGGAUUACAACAAGAAUUCAAGGCGCCAUUUUAUGAAAAAUUCCCGAUAUGUUCGACUUUCAAGAACUUGAGGGACUCUGUGAAUUUGAAAUCUGAGGAUCCUUCAAUGAACAGUGAUGCGUUCAUGUGGGAGUAUUUCACCAGUAAGAAGUAUUAUGAUUCAGGGGAGAUCAAGAUGAUUGGAGAAAUCUACACUCCUUGGCCAUCAUGGGUGAUCAAUGCCCGUACUGGGGUUGAUCAAGGCGCCAUUGACCAGUUUAUGAACGCCGUUAAUGAAGGGGUUGAGUAUUUCAACCAACAUCCCCAAGAAGCCAUUAAGUGGAUUUAUACCAAUUUGGACUAUUCUGAAGAAGACGCUUCCGAAUGGAUCAAGACAGUCAGUUUCAGCAAGGACGUGACGGUGAUUGAUUGGGAUAAAGUGGUGGUGAACACCAAGAAAGUGUUGCAAACUGCCGAGGUAUUGAAGGAUGAUGAUGAGGUCAUUGAGUCAAGAUUGAUGAAAUUCGUAGUUAAGAAGUAG